CCAACACGCGGUGGAGUCCCGCCCCAUUGUACGCUUCUACAUCCUGUGAGUGUACUCAGUGUUAGCAUUUAGGCCGGUGCACUGUGACCGAGGCCGCCACACAUUAGCAUGUACUACAGCUCUCACGGUAUAGCUGUCAUUUGGGGCUAAUUUUCUAUCAGAUGUCGGACAGUCAAAGUAGUCUGUCACCGGUUUAGCGUCCCGGGAGUCAGUAAACAGUUCAGGAUGAAUACGUACGGCGGAAAGGACGAGACGACGCUGAGAAAAUUGCUGGACACUACUUCAGAAUAUGGAGAAAGAAGAAAAAUUCGAGCAGCUAUACGAGAGUUGAAGACAGCUGAGAAAAACUAUAAUAACAACAAUAACGUCAAACCAUCAACCAACAAAGACUCUGAGGAUCUGAGACAACCAAGAGUAGAGAAACUUCGUCGGCACGGAAACGCUGACAGUGAUGGAGAUGCAUGGCAUAGUAGUGGGGAUGAAAGCAAGGCACCCAGAACUCGAUACAGGCAUAGGAAUCAAACGGAAGAUGAGCUAGAAUUAGAGAAAACCAAGUUGAAAGAGAAAGAAAAUCAUCCAAAGAUAGAGAACAUCAAGGAUGAAGAAGUUUUAACCAAGAUGCUAAAAGACACUACAGUCUAUGAGGAGAGGAAGAAAAUUCGUGCUGCCAUUCGAGAAUUGAGAAAAACCAGAGAUCAGACCAAGUCAAUGACACCGGAGGGAUCCCCUGUGGCCCGUAGAACAAGAAGACUUAUGCAAGCCCAGGAAGAGAAAACUGAGACAUCAACUCGUAAAGAGGAUACUAAAGACGAAAGCAACUCGCAAAGAACCUCAACGUCAAGACCACAAAGAAACGAGGAAGAAAAGGUCAAAGAUGGAGGACAGAAAUCCGCUGAGAAUAUUGAAAAGAUUAGUGAAAUUCAAGAUGAGAAUGUGCUAAAACAGAUGCUGAAAGAUACAGAUAACUAUGAUGAAAGGAAGAAAAUAAGAAUCACACUGAGGGAGCUUCGAAGGAAAAACAGAGAAAAAGAAGAUGAAAGCAAAGAUGAGGGUACCCACUCCUCUACUGUUCUUGUUCAACUUGAAAACAAAGAAGUGGAGAAGAGAAAUGGUGAAGUGAAAAUUGCUGAGAUAGCUAUCAAUCCAGUCUCUCAAAACAGUGAUGUGAAAACCAACACACCUCUUAUGUCAAUUAAAACGCAUGCGAAGACAAAACUGGACAAGUUUGAGAUGCCGUCAAUUGCCCCACGCAAGCUUCCAGUGGAGGAUAAAAUUGAAGAUAAAACAGAAGACCAAGAUGAUAAUACAAAAGGGAGAAACACAAUCAGCAUUGAACUUUGCAAUAAUGACAACCAAGAGAAGUUGAUAAAAACUACCUCCACUGUUAAUUCUAGCAAUAAAGGCAUGCUGGGAAAUAGAGUCCCUGAACCAAAGAAGAUAGAACUACAAAUCACCAAUAAAGAUGAGAAUUCAUUUGAAGAAAUUGAGGAUUUAGAAAUCUUGGAAAACAUGUUGUUGUCAGCAAAGAAGACUGAUGUCAGGCUGAAAAUAAGAAGUCAUAUACGGGAUGUGAAGAAAAGAAAAGCAGAUGAGAUUCCAGAUAAAACAACGACUGAAGAUGAUGGUACGAGGAAUACAUGCGAAGCAUUAAAAUUGUUGAAUAUUGAAAGAAAGGAGGAGAAACCUAUCACCAAGACAACAACAGCAGUAAUGACCUUGAGGGAACCAUCCAAAAUCGGGGAAAAUAUUCGUAGAGAGGCUGUGCACGUUGAAAAAACUAACGUAGGAGUGAGGAAAACAUCCCGAACUACAUUCACCUUGUCAAGCGCAUCUAAAAGCUCAAACAUUGAAAUGAAACUUGCAACUGAUGAAGACACUUGCAAAACAAGCGUUGUUACUAAGACAGUUUCCAUGGAUACCAAAACACAAUCUGACUUCGAUGAUUUGAAUUUCAUUGUUGAAAACAAACUUGUUGUGGAUGAUGACAAUGCUAAAAGUAUUAAUUUUGAAAUCAAACCACAGACUCUUGUUGCUAACAGUUCAAACGCUGUUAAAGUUACACUACGACCUACAACCGAUGUUUCGGGUGAAGUCGAUGGAUUAUUAUUAUCCAAGACCGCUGCCAUUAAUUUACAGCCACAACACAAAGGAACUACCACUGCCAAAACUGGAUUAAAAAUCAAGUUGGAUUCAGAACUGUCAGAGACAGUGGAGACCAAACAUACAAGUAUUGAUAAGAAGACGCAGAGAUUUGGCACAGGUGGAAAAUUCCACGGAGCAGACAGUGGUAAAGAGAAAGACGCCUUGGAGGCCACGCAUAAAGGGGAAGAAGUGAAGAACGACAGCGAAAUGGCCCCGCCGGCAGUUGCACAUAUUGAGGAUGAAGCUGAGCUGGAAACAAUGCUGGAUGCCACCACGGACUUUGAUGACCGGAGAGCGAUAAGAUCAAGGCUUCGAGAAAUCAGGAAGAAAAAGAAAGAGGAAAGGGAAAAUAGAUUAUUACAGAAAGAAAAGAAUUGGGAAAAAGAGAAACGAGAGAGAAUACAUGCAAAGGACCUGAAGAUUCGUGAAGCGGUUGGACUUGGGGUACCCAAAGCAUCAAUAACAGUAAACAAUAACAACACAGUGAGCACAGAGAAGAAUGCUAACACUAUUACCACAAAUACUGGAGGUACAAUUUCUAAAACUACAACCACAGAAGAAAAGACAGCUGGAGGAACGACGGCCAAGAGAACCACAACCAUCACAGAAUCCAAAGAUGGCGGCACCCAAUCAAAGACAGUUGAACAGGAAACCAUGGUCUCAUCUAAAGGGAGUGGUGGAAGUUCCAUGUCUGUCAGUAAGACUUCAGUUUCCACAACAAGCAGCGUUGGCACAGGAGGCAAAAAAUUGACUAAAUUUGAGGAAGAACUUGCUGCACGAAAAAAGGCACGUGAAGAAAAGCAGUUGGCAGACACUGCCAAAUUUAAAGAAGAUGCUCUUAAAAGACAAAAAGAAGCAAUGGAACGAAAGAAAAUGGAUGCCAUGUCAUCUAGGAAUAAGAGGUCUUCCAUCAUGGACAAGUUUGGUGGGGCAUCUAAAGGCGGGGCACCAUCUGGAGGUGUUGCCCGUGGUGGAAUGAGAGUGCAGAAUGCAAACACCAUUAAAACUAUGUUACUAGAAUGGUGUAAGGCAAGGACUGCAGGUUAUGAGAACUGUGAGAUCACUAAUUUCUCAAGCAGCUGGGCUAACGGCAUGGCAUUCUGUGCCCUCAUACAUCACUACUUCCCAGACGCCUUUGAUUAUCGGGUACUCAACCCAAAGAACAGAAGACGUAAUUUUGAUUUAGCAUUCAACACAGCAGAAACCAAAGCCGACAUCAUGCCACUGUUGGAAACCGAAGACAUGUUAUUGAUGGGAAACAAGCCUGAUUGGAAAUGUGUAUUUACAUACGUACAGAGUCUGUAUAGGCAUCUGCAGAAACUAGACUAAUUUACUGUUAGCAACUUUGUAUUACAAUUUGCUGCAAAUUUCCUCUUAUAGUCCUUAAUAUUGCCAUAUAAGGAAAUACUCAUUUGCAUGUUAAUCAUGACAAUACGAAGGAGGAUUAUGAUUUAGAUUUUGUUAAAUACAGGUUUAGAAGAGACCUAUCUGUUUUGAAUGGGUGGAUAGAGCCUGCAAUAUUUUACAGUUUCUAUCAAUACUAAAAAAAAAAGUCUUGCCUUAUAUGGUUAUGUUUGUUUGGCUCAUUUGCAUUUAAAGCCUUAUUAAGAACACAGUAAGCUGUGGAUGUCAGUAAGACACGACAAUGUAUGAUGCGUUUGCAAAGGACUGAAAUUAUUAGUAGUGACUUCACCAAAACAUUAUCGAAAAGUAAUUUCUUGCCGCAGCAGUUGAAACUUUGUGAAGGCUAGUUUGACCAAAUGUAUCUCCAUCAUCUAUGCAAAAUUGACUUGUGUAUCGCAUAGUACAGAUAUUUUAAAAUAUGCAAAAUUUCACAUGUUUUUUUAAAUAUUUUACUACAUUUUCAACAACUUUUAUAAAAACUGUAUUCACUGUAGAUAUUUUUUCUCCCUUUCCUUUUUUUUUUUUUUUUUUAUUUAAUUUACAUUUUUAUAUAAUCUUAAUAAUCUGCCCAAUAUGGUGAAAUCAGCUGAUAAGGCCAGUCAUAAUCAAUUACUUGUUUGUAUUUAGUGAAUUGCUCUCCAAAGUGAGUUGACUUGGAGUCUCACAACUGUCUUCGGGAAAACAUCCAAAUAUGGCGAUGACAAUUUCAGGUAUUAUAUUUCAGUGCUCAUGAAUAAACGUGCUGAUAUACACUUUGUUUUCAUAAUGCAAAUUGAUUCUGAGUGUAAAACCACUGAAUUUUCAAAUGUACUUGCAAUAUGUAAUCUCACUUCAUUAUUAUGAGGUCACUUCCUCCUUGUUUUUUAAACUAUUAUAAUUGGGUGUGAUGCUUUGCAAUUCUGGAUAUCGGUACAGAAAACAGAGUGACACCAUUAAAAAUGGGAAUUCAGGAUCAGUGCCUUUAAUAUACCAGAGUGACUCAAUGGUUGGAUUUUAUAUAAUGUUUUUUUUAAACAACUCAGCAUAUUUUAAGCUCAAUAUUGUAUGCUUUCUUCUCGCAUAAAGGUGCUACUGAGUGACUUUUUAUUAUUGUAAGUAAAUUUACAUAGUUAUUUUGUAUAAGUAAGUAUUUUGUUUUUAAAAGUGUACAAAUAUGUGUAUUUGUAUUGUUAGAGCAUCUGUCUUAAGGCUACCACUUGGUGUGGUGUGUAUGCAUGCAUAUAGGGCUUCUCAAACUUGUCACUUCAACUGUAAAAUUAUUACACCUCGGCAAUAUGUUAUUACUUGACACCAGUAUGGUAUUAUACCACACUUUCAUGGUAUUACAUCGCACUUUCAUGGUAUUACACCACACUGACAUGGUAUUACACCACACUGACAUGGUAUUACACCGCACUGACAUGGUAUUACACCGCACUGACAUGGUAUUACACCACACUGACAUGGUAUUACACCACACUGACAUGGUAUUACACCGCACUGACAUGGUAUUACACCACACUGACAUGGUAUUACACCACACUGACAUGGUAUUACACCACACUGACAUGGUAUUACACCACACUAAUGUAUGUAGUAUGGUUCUAGAUGCCCUGCUGUGUGAUUGUAUCUGCAGAGGCCAAUCACCACAUACAACUGUAUUUCAUGGCUGUCCGAGCUGAAGGUAUUUGUUGUAUUACCAGCCUCAUUAGCCAAACAGAAAUGUGUGUUAUUUGCAUGAAAAGUGAAGCCAUUUCAUUGAAUAUAUCAUACAAGUGAAUUACUACCAUAAAAAAGAAGCCAAUUUAAGUUUAGAGUUUGGUUGAUAUACAGCAUACCUAUUUAUCUGGUUACAUUAAAUUCCAGUUUAAUUAAAUUGAAUUUAAUUUCAGUUGAAUUCAAGUUAAUUCAAUUUAAUUAAACUGGAAUUUAAUUGAAACCCAACAUAAAUUUCAUGUAUGUAAUUAACUGUAUUUGAAUUAAUGACUUCAUCUUUCAUGAGAUACCUGUGUAUGUGUGUGUGCAUAGAUGGUGGGUGGGGAGGGGGAGAGCGAGAGAGAGGGGGGGGGGUUCUGUGGACAUGUACUACAGGAUAUAGAUUUGAUGCAUGACAUUUAUGACCUAAUUAAAGGAACAGAUCUUUUUGCAGCUUGCAAUGAAAAGUUUUUUCUUACUGAGCAGAUAUUAAACCUGUAUCGGGUAAUAUAAUAACUUAAGUGAAAAUAGAUUAUUUUUUUUGUAAGUUAUAGUGUUGUAACCGAAUUUCCGAGACUAAUAUCAAGUGAUUAUUGAAUAGAUCCCCCAGAUAUUCACAGCCCCGUGUUAUGUAUACUACAGUAUAUAGUGCAAUUAUUUUUAAAUAAAUUAAUAUUAAUUGUAAUAUAGUUAAAUUAUGAAUGAAGUAUCCAACAUACCUAUGCAUUGUUUUAUGAUAGUGAGAAAUAAAGAUAUUAUGUUGUCCUUA